GGGGAGCCGCUGACGAUGCUGCGCGCGCAGCUUCAGUCUGGAGUCGCUACGACGGAGCCGCAAUGAAGAGAUAAAUAGCGACGAUAUCUAUUUAUUUUUGGAGUAUUACGGCUCUAAUUUCUUUGUUAAUUGGAGUGAAGGGGUCCGAGGCGAAAGGCACUAAUGUGCUCUUCUGUUUAGCGGACCAUCAUGGAAGGCAAUGACGAUGUGCGUCUGAACGCAGCGCAGCCGCAGAAUGAUGCUGAGGAGGGAAGAGGGGAAGUCCUUGGUAAAGUGGAAGACGGAUCAAACCCUCUCACCAGUGACUCUUGUGAUGGCAGCGGGACCAAAGGAGGGCUCUCUAACCAUGUAGACGAUCCUUCGCCCUCAGUGGUCGGUCCCGCCGCCGAGUCUCCUGGAGGAGUGGCCCUGAAAGUGGCCACCACCGUUCUCCACCCGGUGUGUCUGGGAGAGAGUCCACUGAUGCUGCCCAUCCACCUCCAGAUGGCCGGAGCGGCCGCGCCUCAGCUUGGACAAAUAGGGGCGGCGCCAUUUUUGAUAGCAGGCCAAAGCCCGGUGUCACUCCCAUUGGUCCUGGACCAGCAGGUCAUCCAGCACAUGAGUCCCAACAUCAUCCCUCAAACCGCCACCUGUGCGCAGCUGCCCCUCCAGAACAAUGUCCUGUGUCAGAAUCCUCUGUCGUUCGGUUUGCCUCCGGCUAUCGAUCCAAAGGCAGCUGGACAGACACAGGAAGCCAACCUGCUGUCCCUCCUGCAAAAUCCGGCGUUCGCAGCCAUCCUGCAGGAUCUUUUCCCUCCCCAAGCAGGAUCUUCUGCCUGUCAGUCCCCAGGCUCUGCCUUUUUCCCCCUUCCUCCUCUCCCACCUCCCUACACCUCCCCUUUGGCUCCUCUGGUUCCACCUGCCACUCUCCUAGUCCCCUAUCCCGUGAUCAUUCCCCUCCCAGUGCCUCUGCCUGUCCCUCUCCCCAUUCCGAUCCCCAUUGCUCAAAGCGAGGACUCGAAAGGGAGCAUGCCAAAACCAGUUUGCACUGUGAAUAAAAGCACUCAAACGUCACCAAGAGAUACUACCUCUGCCUCUUUAUCUUCAAAGAAGUGCACACCUCAUCCCCAGCCACAGAACGCGUCCCUGUCCUCACCGCCUCUAGAGGAAGGACAGGUCCUGGACCUCUCCGUCAGGGCGUGCCCGAUCGAACCAAAACAGGAAUAUCCCAGUCCUCAACAGGACAACGUGCUUGAUCUGUCUGUGCCCGGCGUCAGGAAAAAGUGUGUCCAGUCAGAGAGGAAAGUAGCUUUAGAGUCUGGCCAAGGCGCCACCAAUGCCUCGUUGUCACUGGGCGUCGAAUGUACGCCGGGUUUAGAUUCCAAACUCCUGGGCAGCUUGACCUCGCUGGAGUUCAGCCGACAACACAAGUGGCUGGUCGACACCGGCGUCGCUGGAUCCAGCUCUCUGAGCCAAGAGGCAUCUCUUGGCGGAGCCGGGAACCUGGAGAUAGUCAGCACAUCGCAGACGGCCAAGGUCAUCGUCUCCGUGAAGGAUGCCAUUCCUGCCAUUUUGUGUGGGAAAAUCAAAGGCCUUUCAGGGGUCUCCACCAAGAACUUCUCCAUCAAACGGGAUGGCAGCCAGGGGGCCUCCCUGCAGCAACUCUACGCCAUGCCGUCAUCAUCUCACGGGGAGCAAGACCCCAACAACCCCCAUAAAAAGGUCACUAAAAACAGAGCCAUCAAGCUAAGGAAGGUCAGCUCCCAGGAGAUCCACUUCCUCCCAAUUAAGAAGCAGAGACUUGCUGCGCUGCUGCCUAGGAAGUGAGAGGGCUCCCAGGAGGGAGGAGAGGGGAGAUUAAUGGCUGCAUGGCUCCACCAUCUCCCCGGAUAGUAUAAUAUAACACUCACAUGAGGGGCAUUCUGCACUGAGAAUCAAACAUUCAUCUGUCCAAUCAGAGAGCGGCUUUGGAUCAGAAAGCGAAGCUCUGUGUGAGAUAUUACAUUUCUCUGAACUGCUGUGUUUUUUCUUUACUAAAGUGUGAGAAUACGUUGUGUUAUACUGAAAUGUGUUGUGUAUGGCAGCUUCACUCACUCAUUGUGUGUCUCAGUAAACGGGAGACGUCGAUUUUGUAACACCUCACAUAAACUCAAACAAUCCCUUUCAGGCACGGCUCCCAUUCCUCCGUCCAAGCUUUCCGUUCCACAUGUACGUUUUUCAUGGAAGUGCACUGAAAACCUGAAAAAAAAAAAGUGUAUACUUUGUUGACCAAGACUGUUCAAACAUGUCACUGGAAAUUCCCACUGACAUCGAAGCUCACUGGAGCGAAGCGCGCCUUCCUGAUUGGUCGGGGUGAUUUAGCACGACAGGCUAACGACGACUAAGCAUCUAUUUAUCAUAAAUUCGUCGGACAAAUCUUGCCAACAGGUGACAGUCGCAAAGCAAAAUGGCUUCUUAGUUUCCUGAAAAGCGAAUGAUUUUCACUUUUAAUCCGCGAGUUGAUGGGAACGUAGGGGAAACUAAUGGGGUGGGAAUAAGAGCUGCUUUUGUUGCGUCACGAUGCCUUGCGAACGUAUUUUAGUUGUUUUGGGGGGUUUUUUCCCCACAUUUUGUCCGUUUAUCACCACAAACUAGAGUCUGUUUUAUUGGGAUUUUAUGUGAUCAAUCAACACAAAACAGCUCACAGCUGUAAAGUGAAAGGAAAAUAAUAUUCCUAAAAUAAUGGUCAUUUUUUGCCAGGAGAUUUUGGCAACAAAAUAAUUAUAAUAAUAAAAAAAAGGGGGUUCUUUUGAAAAGAUAAUAAAAAAAAGUCACUUUUGACAAAAAAAAGAAUAAAAAAUCGACUUAGGCCCUUAUUUUAGGAAGGUGAUGAUAUAUUUUACCAUUGAAAAAAAAUAUCUGAAAAGUGUGGCAUGCAGAUAUCUUAAGUCACAACUUGUUUAAAAGCCUUUAACUCAUUUGUGUCCCCAGUUUUUGCCUCUAAUAAUCUUAAUUUGUCUCCCUAUUAACCUCUGACCAGCUUCCCAAUCACAUCACCGCAUCAUGAUGCUGCCACCACCGUGUUUUAUGGUGGGGAAUGUAUGUUCAGAGUGAUAGGAACACAGUAUAUUUGUAAAAAUAAAAAACAGAUAAUCACAAUGUAAAUUUUCCUUUCAUUUCAUAACUUUGUAUUUAUUUGUGUUGGUUUGUCUAACAAAACCCCACUAAAAACAAAUCAAAGAUUGCAGUUUUAACUUGAUAAAAUGCGGAACAUGUCAAGGAGUUUGAAUACGUUGCAGAUACUGUAGCCAAAGCUGAUAAAAUGCCUCACAGCGUACAUGUAAAAGCCUGUAACACCUUACUGUUUGUUAACUUAUUAACAUUUAUUUAACCUCCACAGUACGGAAAGUGUUUCCUUUACAUUAGUGGAGAAAGAAGGGGAAAAAAAACUACUUGUAUUUUGUGUGUGACUCGUCCAUUAUUAGUAUUGAUCUGACAACAUCCUGCUUUCUUUUACCCAACAUGUUGUGUAAAAGUAGCUCUUUUUAGCCCCCUGUUUUGUUGUUGUUGUUGUUUCUCUGUGGUAAGGACCAGAGUUGUGAAUGUGGAGCGUGUCGUUGGUUUGAGUGCACUUUGUAAUCGUUUUUAGUUGACAAACUCCCCGGCCGCUCCGCCGAAACGUCGCCCUCGUCGUUUAUGAUGAGUUCAAGGGGUUGUGUAAAACGGACGAGCAGCAGGCCAAGAACUAACAGCAGCCACAUGCAGACUGUCUGGAUGAGCUGAGAUGGAAAAUACCUUGAAGCUCCACGUUUUUCCGUUUCUCUAUAUUUAUGUCUCCGUUCCUCAGCAAUCCCAGAACAUCUGACGCCUGCGCUCCUCUCCAGAAGAGAGCGGCUUUGAAAUAAUCACUUUACAUGGACUGGAUCUCCCUCUAAUUUAUGAUUUGUGCACCUUUUUAUUUAUGCAAACGUGUGUGUGUGUGUGUGUGUUUUUUGUUUUUCAAUGUUCCAGACGGUCAAGCCAGGAGACCAGAAGUGAGGGAUUAUCAACAGCAUUAUUAUCUCUCUGCUUCUCCUCAUGGCUGCAGUUUAAACAAAUAAUAAUAAUAAUAAUAAGGGUGAAGAAUCAAAUGUGGAAAUGUGUAUUUAAUUAUUUGCUAUGUGUCGUGUGUUUGUGUGUGAGCUUUUUUUUUUAUAUGAGAGCAAACUACAUUUUUCAAGC